AUGUACAUGAUAAAAAUACUUUGUGCUUGGAUUUUUUUAUGUUUUGGGAUCGCUAAAAAUGCGCCCGAAAGGACAAACUGGUUGGAUAAUCUGGCGAAAAGAAUAGUGGAAAAAUCAAAGUUUCGGCAAGUGAGAUUACUGACGAGACUCGAUGAGAACGAACAUUUACAAGAUCCAAUCGUCGAAGACUUGAUAAUCAAACUGAUGUAUCAUUUGCCUACAGUAAGGAUAAAUUAUGGAAAAGACUUUCAAAUUCCUGGUAAAUCGCGAGCGAAGGAUAUCAUUGAUCCUCGCUUUCCGUUCGACACUACGGCGACACUUUUUCUUCUCAUUGUCGAGUCCCUCGACACCUCAACGCUCUCAAUGGCAAAACGAUUCAUCGAUGUCGUAGCAAAUAUGGCCUCAUUCCACUACAGCCCCAAGUUCAUACUCAUCACUUCGGUCACCGAUAUCCGAAAUUUCAGCCUCGAGGAGUUGUUGGAGUAUGCCUGGAGCCAGAGAUUGCUUUCCUUCACGAUCCUCGAAUUGCCUGAAAAAAAAACAGAUGCGAGGCGGUGGCGGGUGCCCAAGAGCGAUGAUUUUUUCUUUGGACCGAACGACAGUCGAUCGACGCUACCGAUUAUCCAUGAAUUAAAUCCCUUUAAAAAGGAGUACACGAGAAUAAAGUGGACGAGGAAAGAUGGGCAUGAGCUUUUUCCCAACAAAGUUGGUAACAUGUGGGGUCAUCCUUUGAGAAUACGGGCGCUCGACAUUCCACCAUUUUCAAUAGCGAAAUUCAAUGAGGACGGAGAACCGAUUGAAAUAAAAGGUUCAAAUAUGGAGCUGAUAAAAGUACUGGCCGACAGAUUGAACGCUUCGAUAAAAUGGAUUCCUCAGAUGGAAAAUGAAAAUUUGUAUAACAUCGACGACCCAUUUCGCGUGGUGUACAAUCUGAUGGAAUUGGAAAAGAUUGAUAUGGAGUCAUAUUUGGCACCGCAAUACUCCGUAUCGACCAACAAUACGUUGAGAACUACAUCGGUAUUGAUGGAUAAAUUUUGCGCAAUCGUGCCGAUUAUUUAUCAAGUUAAAGUGCCCAUUUCCAUCGAAAUGUGCAAAGCGUACUUGCUCAGUUGCGCUCUCGUCUUGACGUUCUGGCUAUUGGCAAAAUUUUUACAUUUCGACGCUUCAUUCUGGAAAACGUUCAAUAUUUGUCGCGUACUUUUCUUCGUACCAAUAGGAAUAUUCCCUAAAACUAAUGCCGAACGAAUGAUUUUCGCUAGUUUACUCGUUACUGCGGGCAUCAUUUCGACAAACCUAUACACGUCUUUGACGGACAUAAGUUUGGAAACCACUCUCCCGAGGGAGAUGAAAACAUUCGAGAAUCUUGAUGAUUCGGGAUUAAUACCGAUCAUCAGUUCGUUCUUUUUCAAUAAAACUUUUGGCAAUGUGACAGGCGCGUUGUUGAAUUUGAAAAAUAAAGCGAAAACUUCAAUGCGCUCGCAAGAUUGUCCAGCAAUCGCAGCAAAAUACAAAAAUGUAACUUGUUGCUUGGCCACAUUGGGCGUCGAUUUAAAAGCUGGCAAUGAAAGCAAUGCUCCUACGUUACAAAUCGCUCAACCUUGUUUCUGGUACGACAGUACCGCCUUUACGAUCGGUAAACGAUCACCUUUUCGUUCUCACAUCAAUUACAUCAUUUGGAAUUUGCAUAGCGCAGGAUUCAUAAAGAUAUGGUACGAAGACCGAGAAUCCUCGCGUCAAUUGUCUUUCACCAAACCCGAUGCCAUACUCGAAAAAAGAUUCAAUCCCUACAUUAUUCGGGUCAUCUUGUUUGCCAUUAUUAUCGUCGGUUACUCUACAUCGAUGUUAGUUUUGCUCGCAGAAAUAAUAAUCCAUUCUGCAUUAAAAAGAUUUAAAUCCAUCCCGGCGAUAAAGGAUAAAUGAGAAAAAUCGAGAAUGGCAAGAUCGAAAUGGAAAGUCAAAAUACGAUAUUCGGAAUAUAAAAUUUCCAAUAAUUAUUUACAUCUCUUGUAGUACGUAAAUUAUAAGAAUAAUCGGCCAUCAUAUACAUACGUGUUCUUAGUCGUGUUGCAAGAUAUAAAUAUCAAUUGUACCGCAACAGCGAUAAAAUGAAAAAUAUUGACAACCAACGUGUAAUAAUGAAUUCGGGUUCUUCGUAAAGGCCCGUUGUUUUGUUUUUCGUCUUACGUAUCGCUCUAUCGAUCUCAUUUCGACGGGAAAAACGGUGAGACUGUAGCUGCGAAAUGAUUCGAUAAUUCGAGCGAGAUAUCAGCGAGAUUGGCAGUACUGUGCUGAAAAAAGAACGAAGAAAAAGUAGGAACGUGAAGAAUUUACAUGGACAAUAACAACGUAUUGUUCGGGUCACG